AUGAGAACAGCAAGGAACAGUUCUGAACACUGGAAGCUUGCAUUCCAAGAGCUUUAUCGGGGUGCCGGGCGGGGCGGCGCGCGCAACGGGCGCUCCGCUGAGACUCCGCUCAGUGCCUUACCAGCCGCGAGGGGCUUCGCGCGCGUCCUCCGCGCCCGUGUUUACAUCGCGUGUGAAUCGUGUGAUGGUUCGGUGACACACAGGACCAUGGCGUGUGCCCGAGGGAUUUGCACCGCGGACAAGGUCUUCAUAUUCAUCAACAUCGCGUUCGCGAUGUACAGCGGCGCCCUCCUAGCGACGGCGGCCCGUCUCGCCUGGGACCCGAGCACAUACACAUGGUUCCGCUUCCUCUGCGCAGCGCAGUACAGAGCUUCAGCUGCCUAUGUCCUGGCAGCUGGCUUGUGGCUGGCUGCUUUAGUGUACCUGGCUGCAGCUGCUGCCGCUCAUCAUCCUCAUCAGCCAUCGCCGAAGCCACGCUGCUUACAUCUGUACGCAGCCGGCGUGGUCUGCCUGGCCGUGAGCGAGGUGGGCUACGGGGCGUGGAUGGCGGCGUCUCUGGCCGCCUGGUGGCGAGAGGCGCCUGAAGCCGAGCUGGCCAGGAAGGGCAUGGACCUCAUGCACGACCUCAAGCCCAUGCUGCUGGCUGUGGAGCGGUACAGGGACGUGGCGAGGCCGGUGCUCGACAUGCUCGACGAAGUGGAGCACAAAGCGCCCAACAACGUAUACGUCAUCAUGGUGUUCGGACUAGUGGGUUUGAUUCUGCAAAUCGCCGCGUUCGUGAUGGCUCGGCGGCUGGCGCGGCGGCCGCCUCCCCAGGAGGACAAAGAAGAUAAGGAGGCGAGCGCGUGUGUGGAGGAGAGUGAGGAGCCGGGCUGGCGGAAGAAGGCGAACCUCAGGAUGUAUACGAUACUUGACAAGAUUUUCUAGCAGGACGCCUCGGCCCCCGAGCCGCCGCCCCUCCCCAGCGCGCCGCGCGCGUCCCCCUCCCCGCCGCGCUCAAGGAAACGCUCCAAGAAGCGACGAGGACGCCCGCCCAACCCCAAGUACAAAAACACUAAAGACUCCGCG